UUCUAACUGUUUUCACUCCAAUUCGAGAAAGGUUACGAUAAACUAACCUAAUCUGACCCAUUCUCCUCUGUUUUUAUCCGAAUUUUAUCCAUGACUGAGACCGCUCGCAUUUUAUUCGAGGCGGAGACACGAUGCACCGUGCUUUUCUCCGUAAACUGAACGAUUAAUUUUCUAUAAAUUUUACUGUAUUCUGUGCUUUUUCUGUGAAAAAUAGAACCUAACCUAUACCCUCCACUGACAACAACAUGAGUAAAUACAGAAGGAAGGAAUCCUCGAGCGAGGAUAGCGACAGCGAAGAGGAGAGACGCAAGAAAGAUAUCAAAGAGAGGGAUGAAUUCGCGAAUAGACUCAAAGCGAAGGAUGAGACCAGAGUACGGAAGGUUGCCAUGCCAGCUGGCUCGGGAGCAGCCGAGGCAGCCAAGAGGCUCAAAAUAAUGGAAACAGACAUGAGGGAGAAGCUGGUACCAAAGCUCAGAGUAGAAUCUCGUAGAAAAUAUCUGGAGAAGCGUAAGGAAGACAAAGUAGCGGAGCUGGAGGCUGAUAUCAUCGAUGAUGAAUACCUCUUCGAAGAGCAAAUAUUAACAGACCGGGAAAAGAGGGAGAGAGAGCACAAGAAGCAGUUGCUCCAAUUAGCGAAGGAACAUGAGAAAGCCAGGGAGCUCGAGAGGGUGCAGAGGUACCACAUGCCCUUGGAGAAGGGCAAGGUUGAGCCGGAGCACGAAGUGCAGGACAACGAGCCACCACAGUCUGAACAGAGCAAGUGGGAAUCGGAUCAGAUGUCCUCGGCAGUCUUCCGCUUCGGUGCCAAAGACAGAAAAGCUCAGCAAGACUAUGAUCUUCUUCUGGAGGACGAGGUCGAAUUCGUCCAGGCACUGCGAAUGCCCGGCAGCGAAAAAGAUCGGAGACGAGAGGAGAGUCCGCCACCGCAAGUGAAAGCCUUGCAGACGAUACAAGAGACAAAGAAGAGUCUGCCGAUCUACCCCUUCAAGAACGAUCUGAUCCAGGCCAUCAAGGACCACCAAGUUCUGAUAAUAGAGGGUGAAACGGGGUCGGGAAAAACCACUCAGAUCCCGCAGUACCUGUACGAGGCCGGAUUUGCCGAAGACAAUAAGAUCAUAGGGUGCACGCAGCCCAGAAGAGUGGCCGCCAUGUCGGUGGCAGCGAGAGUUGCCCACGAAAUGGCGGUGAAGUUGGGGAACGAGGUGGGCUAUGCGAUUCGGUUCGAAGACUGCACCUCCCAUCGCACACGGAUCAAGUACAUGACCGAUGGUACCUUGCACAGGGAAUUCCUGAGCGAACCAGACUUGGCCUCUUACAGCGUCAUGAUCAUCGACGAGGCUCACGAGCGUACCCUGCACACAGACAUACUAUUUGGUCUGGUGAAAGACAUCACCAGGUUUCGACCGGACCUGAAACUGCUGAUCUCGUCGGCCACCCUGGAUGCGACGAAGUUCAGCGAGUUCUUCGACGAUGCCCCCAUCUUCCGAAUCCCUGGACGCCGAUUUCCGGUCGACAUUUAUUACACGAAAGCGCCCGAGGCCGAUUACAUCGACGCCUCCGUCGUUUCCAUUCUGCAGAUUCACGCUACGCAGCCUCACGGAGACGUACUCGUGUUCUUGACCGGUCAAGACGAAAUUGAGACCUGCCAGGAGAUGUUGCAGGAGCGAGUGAGGCGACUGGGCUCGAAAUUAGGGGAGCUUUUGAUCCUGCCAGUCUACGCGAACCUCCCGAGCGACAUGCAAGCGAAGAUAUUCCAGCCCACCCCUCCCGGUGCCAGAAAGGUGGUGCUGGCCACAAACAUAGCUGAGACAUCCCUGACAAUAGACAACAUAGUGUACGUGAUAGACCCGGGUUUCGCGAAGCAGAACAACUUCAACUCCCGUACCGGAAUGGAAAGCUUGAUGGUCGUCCCGAUCAGCAAAGCCUCGGCGAAUCAGAGGGCCGGCAGAGCAGGAAGAGUCGCUCCAGGAAAGUGUUUCCGGUUGUACACAGCGUGGGCGUACCAGCACGAGCUGGAAGACAACACCGUGCCCGAGAUUCAGAGGAUCAAUCUAGGCAACGCUGUGCUGACGUUGAAGGCGUUGGGCAUAAACGACCUCGUGCACUUCGAUUUCCUGGACCCGCCACCCCAUGAAACACUGGUGCUGGCCCUGGAACAGCUGUACGCUUUGGGCGCGUUGAAUCAUCGCGGUGAAUUGACGAAGUUGGGCCGAAGAAUGGCAGAAUUUCCACUGGACCCGAUGAUGGCGAAGAUGCUGCUGGCCAGCGAACAGUAUCGCUGCUCGGAAGAGGUUGCGACCAUAGCCGCCAUGCUGUCGGUGAACGGGGCCAUUUUCUACAGGCCCAAGGACAAGAUCAUUCACGCGGACACGGCACGGAAGAACUUCCACGUGCCUGGCGGCGACCAUCUGACUCUGUUGAACGUUUACAAUCAGUGGCAGCAGAGCGAUUUCAGUACGCAUUGGUGCUACGAGAACUUCAUUCAGCAUAGAUCGAUGAAGAGGGCCAGGGACGUCAGGGAACAGCUCGUCGGACUUAUGCAGAGAGUCGAGAUGGAGCUUGUUUCUGGCAUCACCGAGACUGUGAACAUCAGGAAGGCCAUAACAGCGGGAUACUUCUACCAUGUGGCGCGAUUGUCCAAGGGCGGUCACUACAAAACCGCGAAACACAAUCAAACGGUGUCCAUUCAUCCUAACAGCUCGCUUUUCCAAGAGCUUCCACGAUGGUUGCUCUACCACGAGCUGGUUUUCACUACCAAAGAGUUCAUGCGACAGGUGACCGAGAUCGAGAGCAAAUGGCUGCUGGAAGUCGCGCCGCACUAUUACAAGCCGAAGGAGCUCGAGGACUCGACGAACAAGAAGAUGCCGAAAGUGGCCGGCCGAUCGAGACCGGACGGAACCAAUUAAGCAGACCGGGACCAGAGUGAAGUUUUUACGAUUUAUAAAACUUGUACGAAACACAUUGUAUAGAAACUCUCGCAACAUUAUUUUUCGAAGGAGACUACUCCAAAGCGUAGCGAUAAACACUUUGUAAGUAUUUAAAGACGUUUAUACAUCGAACCGCGCUUUGUAACAAUACGAUACCUGUAAGAUAUCCUCGUUUGUGAUGCACGAAUCAAUCGAACCUCGGAGCAUUUGUUCUUUCUUUUUUUUCAAA